GAUCACAGAGGGCUGCAAAGAGAGUCGACGUGCGAUCCAUUGAUUUCUUUGGAAAGACGCGCUGAUGGAGGCUCCCGUGUGCCUGAUUGAGAACAGGAGAAAUCGGCUCCAUGCUUCUCCAGAGGCCCUCCAGAUGCUCUCGGAAAUCCAGACUCCGGUGGUGGUGGUGUCCAUUGUGGGACUGUAUCGCACGGGGAAGUCCUACCUGAUGAACAAGCUGGCUGGCAAAAACUCAGGUUUCCCUUUGGGUUCCACAGUGGAAGCUAAAACAAAAGGAAUUUGGAUGUGGUGCAUUCCCCAUCCGGACAGGCCUAACCAAACCCUUGUCCUGCUGGAUACUGAGGGGUUAGGUGAUGUGGAAAAGGGUAGUGAUGAAAAUGAUACCUGGAUCUUCGCUUUGGCCGUGUUGCUGAGCAGCACCCUGGUCUACAACACUGUGGGGAUCAUUGAUCAGUCUGCCCUGGACAAGCUUCAUUUUGUGACGGAGCUGUCUGAACAUAUCAAGGCAAAGGCUUCCUCCAUUCCUGGAGAUACAGACGACUCUUCUGAAUUUGUCGACUUCUUCCCAAGCUUUGUCUGGGCGGUGCGAGAUUUCGCACUGCAGCUGGAACGGGAUGGGCAACCCAUUACAGAGGAUGAAUAUCUCGAACAUGCUCUGAAAUUAAAAAAAGGUAGCGAUAAGAAUGAGCAGAGAAUCAAUCUACCACGGAAAUGCAUCCAACAGUUCUUCCCCACCCGGAAGUGCUUCACCUUUUAUUGUCCUACUACACCUGAGGACUUACGCAAUGUGGAACAGAUGGCGGAUGAUCAGCUGCACAAAGGUUUUGUGGAACAAGCAAAGAAAUUCUGUCAUCAUAUCUAUGAAAAAUCUGAAGAAAAGACUCUACCAGGCGGGCAUGUUGUCACUGGGAACUUGUUGGCAAAGUUGGUCGAGACCUAUGUGGAUACUAUCUCCAGUGGGAACGUUCCCUGCCUGGAGAACGCAGUCUUGGCCUUGGCUGACACUGAGAACAGGGCAGCCGUGCAGGAAGCUGUUGCUCACUAUGAGCAACUGAUGGAGCAAAGCUUGGAGCUACCCACUGAGACUCUCCAGGAACUUCUGGACGUACACAAAAAAUGUGAGGAGCAAGCCCUUGAGAAGUUCACGGCUCGUGUCUUUAAGGAUGAUACACGUCAGUUUCAGCAGGAAUUCAUGAAAACUGUGGAGAGCAAAAAGGAAGAGUACUGCAGCAAAAAUGAGUUGAAAUCUUCUGAAAUCUGUUCAGCUUUAUUAAGCUCACUAUCUGAGGGCUUGGAGUGGAACAUCAGGAACGGAAGCUACGCCCGAGCUGGUGGCCACCAGGAAUUUCUUAAUGACCUCCAAAAAGUGGAGAAAGAAUUCUUGGAGAAACCUGAGAAAGGAGUAAUGGCAGGGAAGAUCCUGAAAGAAUUCUUCCAGAGCAAAGAAAACAUCAGCAAAACCAUCCUUCAAAGUGACAUGAGCCUUCAAGAGAAGGAGAAGGAAAUAGCAGGUAAAGGUAUGAAGCUGAGAUUCAAAGAACAAGAGCAAGAAGUCCAGAAGCAUGAAAUAGAAAGGCUCAAACAGAUGUUGGAGGAGCUGAAGCAGAGUUAUGAGAAGAACCUUCAGGAGCAAAAGGAGAAGAUGGAGGAAGAAAAGAAAAAGAUAAAAGAAGAUUAUGAGAAAAUCAUCCAAAGGAAAUGCAAGAAACAAAAGGCUUUACUGGAAGGUUUUAAGAAGGAGACAGACCGGCUGAAUGAGGAGAUCCGCCGGCUCAGAAAGGAAAUUGAAGAUUUGAAAAAACCAAAUUGGUUCUUCUCAUUUAUAAAUUUUAUUUUUAAAGACUUUCGGAAAGGAUAGAAAAACUAAUCCAGUAAACGGCUGCCUGAUCAAGUGCUUUUACAUCCUAAAACUGGCAGCAUUCUUUACUGGAGUUAUUUCUAUAAAUUUAAAUUCGUAGCGUGCAAAAUCAUUCUCAGACUUCAGGGAAUUUCUUUAAGAAGUUUGAGAUUUAGCAUUGCCAAGGCUUCGUAGGCGUCCUUGGGUCUCACAAGUUGAGUUCAGGCUUUAGGUUAAGCUUCUGUUUGUUUGUUUUAAUCUUGAUGUAUUAAGUCAUGUUUGGGAGGGUUUAUAUAUGACCUAAGGUUAAAAAAAAGGAUGCGAUGGCUCGGUGGCUAAGACAGUGAGCUUGUCGAUCGAAAGGUCAGCAGUUCAGUGGUUCGAAUCCCGAGUGCCGUGUAACAGGGUGAACUCCCAUUCUUUGUCCCAGCUUCUGCCAACCUAGCAGUUUGAAAGCAUGUAAAAAAUGCAAGUAGAAAAAAUAGGAACCACCUUUGGUGGGAACAGCGUUCUGUGCGCCUUUGGUGUUGAGUCAUGCCAGCCACAUGACCAUGGAGACGUCUUCGGACAGCGCUGGCUCUUCGGCUUUGAAAAGGAGAUGAGCACCUCCCCCUAGAGUCAGGAACGACUAGCACAUAUGUGCGAGGGGAAUCUUUAUCUUUACUUUUUAUAUAUGACAUGAAGGCCAAAUUAAACCAAUCAUUUCAAACCCUUUUGCAUAAUUUUCUUGGCUUUCCUUGACAAUAUGCAAUAUAGUUCAGGGUAUUUCAACCUUGGCGACUUUAAGAAAUGUGGACCUUCGAUUUUAAAAUAUUUUCUUUAAUAGUAGUGUUAUGAUGUUUCCAGAUAGGCGAGGGAUCCAUUUUCACUGCAGGAGCUUCAUAAACCAGAACUCCACACGCCUAGUUCAGAUUCAUAUUUCUGAAAGUUUUAACUUUGAUUUCCAUUUUUGAUCAGUUGAUUUCAACCUUGUUUUUAAUUCUGUUUUGGUCAUGUGUUUAUACUGGCUCUUGUAAUCUGCCCAGAAUCACUUAAGAUGCAGAAAUUUAAUAAAUAAACAAUUCAUUUAAUUAG